AUGAUCAAACCUCCAGCAGCUUAUCUAGAGCGAACUGUCAUCCUUAGCCCUAGCAUCCAUUGCCCGACCUGCACAUCCUUUAUCGAAAAAGUUCUCCUGGGCUUGAAUACCAAAAUACGACUUGUCGAGACCUCAAUCGUCAACCACAGCGUUACUAUCCAGCACGAGUCGAAUCUCGACAUCGACCAAGUUGCAGAUGCUCUCAUGAACGCCGGCUAUAAGGUGGAGAGCAUAACUUCGGAGCCCCAUCUGAAAGACGGAGAUGGAGAGGUGUCAUCGCAUCGUUCUCGCGGCUCGCCAGAUGACGACUUCCCCGUCCCAUGGCUUGGGCGCGCAGUGCAAACUUGGAGGCGCCGCAGUCGUGUUACCACCACGAAUUCAGAAACCACGAAGCAACUCCACGCCGAGCACUGCAAAUCAUGUGCGGAUGAGAUGCUCAACCUGACGCUUUCCGAAAAGAAUGAGCUCAUAUCAUCAACAACGUCUAAUACUCCGAGCAGAACCCCCUUUGUAGCUAUUGACUAUUCGGAACCCGGAAGGUGUACCAGGCCAUAUUUUUCUGCAUCAGCGGCGUCUUGA